AUGUCUCUCACACCCAGCCGCAAUAAGCCUUCCUCAUGUCAGCGCAGGUGUUCUGUGGGGACCAGUGGCAGCAGAUGUACCCAAAGCGACCCCUCCAGUACAAACACCUAUCCUGGUCGAGUGAGGCCACCGGAGGGAAGCCCCACGGCCAGGACCUAUCCAAGUACUCCGAGACGUCAGGCCAAAUAUAAUCCCUGCAAUGACAACCAUGGAAUCAGGGUCCCAACACCAGAGCAGUACCUCACCCCCUUACAGCAGAAGGAGGUGUGCAUACGCCACCUACGGGCCAGAUUGAGGGAGCACACCGAAAGACUGCAGCACAGGGACUAUGAAAUAGAUGAUUUAAGGACACAGUUGUACCGGAUGCAAGAGGACUGGAUUGAAGGAGAAUGCCAUCGUGUGGAGGCACAGCUGGCUCUGAAAGACGCACGCAGAGAAAUCCAGCACCUUCAUGAAGUGGUGGAGACCGUGAAGUCCAACCUGGGGGUCCGGUCAGCAGAGACCCAAGAGAACGCCUCAUACACCAAACUUCAGGCAGCCCGUCCCGUGGUGGGGGGAUCUCGCUCCUGCGGCUGCUCCCCUGCCAGCACUCUGAGACGCGAUACUUCUCACAAACGCAUGAGUACCGAAGUUCUACAUCCGGACCCCAACAGAGCGCCACAAACUCACCUCCUCCUGGAAGCAGCCCUGAUAUCUGAGCCUCUCCCGACUCAAACGGGGCUUCUGCAAACAUCUCCAAACGUCUCCCAUUCCUCCUCCUUUGACAGGAUGUACAGCGGCGGUGCUUUACUGCCGCUGUCUCACUCUUGCCAUAGCCUCAGCACUGCAUGCACCUGCAGCGGACACGGCUAUCUGCCGCAUCACCACCUGUUUCUGCACUUACCUCAAGACGAACCGCCGCUCACAGUGACAAGUACCGCGUCAGAUCCAAUCCCAGCUCCAACCUCGGAGAAAAAAACAGAAGUACGCUCUCAGGCCUGCAGCCCGACGAUGACCUGGCUCAACGACACCAGUGUAAUUGAAGAGAUAAGCGUGAUUUCUCUGUCGACGACAUCCGACAUGCCAUCGCCAGAACCACAAAGGCUGCAGUUAUCAUUGCCUCGCGUUUGUCCCAGCGAGGGGUUAGACAGCGUAGACAACUCGACUCAUCACGGUGCAAAUGAACGCGGCAAAACGGCCGUGACUACGACCCAACCAUGCACAGCCGAUCUGCUUCCAGACACACACAAAAGCACAGAACAGGAGACAGCGGAAGAAAGCGUUGAAGAUGACAGGGUUCCUCCUCAGCGCUCGCAUUGGAGCCGCUACUUCCUGGUGGAUUUUCUGGCUUUGGCGAUGCCUGUGGUCCCAACGAUGGCGUGGCUGUGCCGAGGAGCGCCCCGGGAUGACAUAGCGGUUUACCAUAUCGGCUCCCUGCUCAGAGGCUGCUGCGCGGUGGCUCUCCAUUCUCUCCGAAGGCAAGGCGCCAGAGGACCGAGUGUGUCCGGCCAGAACGGGACUACGUAG